AUGAGUCACAAGGCGAAAGAUAGUGGUGAACAAGUAAUUACAACAGUUAAAUGCAAUUCGUGUAAUAUAGUUAUUAAUGAAGUCCUUGCAUUUGUCUGUAAUAAAAUAGACGUAAUGGACGAGGACAGUAUAUGUCGAAUCUGCGAAACAGCAUUUUCGGAGAACGAAAUUACAGUCGCAAAGAAUUUACUUUUUGAUUCCAUCGCGAACAGCAAGAAGAAAGUAAGAAAACGGAAAGGAAAAGUGGUGAGGGACAUAGAGGACAUUAUUUGCUGUCUUAAAGAAAGCGAUCCAGAGAUAGUUCCCGUCUUUGUGGCACGGGAAUUGCAUAAACUACCCCCAGUUUUGUUCGAUCACCUGGACGCUACUCGGAUUCUCAAGGACCUUGUUAAGUUAAGACAAGACAUAGAUCGGAUGACAGACAUUUAUGCAACAAAAGAAGAAGUGCUAGAAUUAAAACAAAAAUGUACGAGUAUAAAUAAUCCGCUCGAUUAUAACUGUAACACCAACAACAUUAUAAAUACUAAUCGUGGUGCAUGUUUAAUUAAUAGUUUUGAAUUAAAUAGUGGGCCAACAGGAAUAUUUCCUAUAAUAAAAUCGAAUGAUGUCGUUUACAUGAAAGAGGGUAGGGACAUAAAUUGUACACCGCGACGAAACAAAGAAACAGCUGACGACGUGCAAAACGUUGAACCUACGAUGAAUCAGCUGCGAUCGCCACGCGCUCCGCACCCCGCGCCUAGCCCGCCCAUUGAGCUAUCACUGCCGGCUGCGACGAGUAAUGUAAACAACGAUGCAUUAGAACUUGCGGGCGAAUCAAAUACGGAAACAAAAAUUGUAACAUCUGUGAAAUCGUUUGCUAGCGUAGCCAAGGAAAAUGGGAAAUGGAAACAUGAACAGAAAACGAGUGAGUGGCAGCAAGUACAAAGGAAAAAAUAUAGAAAUCGCUUUACGGGAAAUAAAGGAAAAGCGGUUGUUCAGCCAGAAAAUAACUUUAGAGCUGCGGAUAUUAGUGUUCCUAUAUACAUUUACAAUGUAUCAAAACAGACGACGGAAGAAGAUAUUUUCAAUUACAUUAAAAAUAAAACAAGUCUAGAUAUUAAGUUAACUAAGUGGAAUAUGCGGCAUGAUAAAGCGUAUUGUGCUUUUAAAAUUUUUGUACCACAAUACAAACUUGAAACUUUUUUGUGUGAGGACUUUUGGCCAGAAGGAAUAUCGUUCCGUCGUUUUAUUAGUUUUCAUCGGAACGGAAGAAUGUCAGGGGAAAAGCGAGAAAUAUGUAAAUAA